CCUAUGUCAGGCUCCGGGAGGCGGCAACCGCUCCAGAUCAGCCCUUCCCGUUCGGCUGGGGCAGCCGCGCCUCGGUUUCCUGGCGACGAUGGGGGACCCCAGCAAGCAGGACAUCCUGGCCAUCCUCAAGCGCCUCCGCUCGGUGCCCACCAACAAGGUGUGUUUUGAUUGUGGCGCCAAAAACCCCAGCUGGGCAAGCAUAACCUAUGGGGUGUUUCUUUGCAUCGACUGCUCGGGGUCACACCGGUCACUUGGCGUCCACUUGAGUUUCAUUCGGUCUACAGAGUUGGAUUCUAACUGGUCUUGGUUUCAGUUGCGCUGCAUGCAAGUUGGAGGAAAUGCUGCUGCAUCGUCCUUCUUCGACCAGCACGGGUGCGCCACCGGCGACACCAAGGCCAAGUACAACAGCCGCGCGGCCCAGCUCUACAGGGACAAGAUCAAGUCGCUGGCUUCCCAGGCCGCGCGGAAGCACGGCACUGAUCUGUGGCUCGAUGGCUGCGUGACGCCGCCUUUGUCCCCUGCGCCGAAGGAGGACGACUUCUUUGCCUCUCACACUUUUCCUGAGGUGAGCGGCACAGGAUGGGCCUCCGCACACCCAGAACCGUCGGUAACACCCAGGAACGUGGAAGUCCCCCCAGCAAAUAAUGAAGGAGGACCAGAGCAAGGACCAAGUGUGGAAGGUCUUAACCUACCAACCAAGGCAGCUCUAGAGGUGUCCUCGAUCAUGAAAAAGAAACCAAGUCAAGCUAAACGAGGCCUUGGGGCCAAAAAAGGAAGUUUGGGGGCCCAGAAACUGACGAGCACGUGCUUCAAUGAAAUGGAGAAGCAAGCCCAGGCCGUGGACAAACUGAAGGAGCAGGAAGACCUGGCCAGGACGGCGCCGAAGGAAGAAUCGAUUGUCUCGUCCUUACGAUUGGCCUAUAAGGAUCUUGAGAUUCAGGUGAAGAACGAUGAGAAGAAGAACAUGAGUGGGAAAACGAAGGCGGAGUCGGAGCGGCUCGGCAUGGGCUUUGGAAACUGCAGGAGUGGUAUUUCACAUUCAGCAACUUCAGAUAUGCAGACCAUUGAACAGGAAACACCAGUCAUAGCAAAACCAAGAAAAAAGUACAGCGAUGACAACGAUGAUUCAUAUUUUACUUCCAGCUCAAGGUUCUUCGACGAUUCGAUGGAGCUACGGAGCAGUUCUUUUUCUAGUUGGGAUGACAGUUCAGAUUUCUAUUGGAAAAAGAAGAGCACCAAAGAGGCUGACACGAUUCUGAAAACCACGGGCUAUUCAGACAGGCCUACUACCCGCCGCAAGCCAGACUAUGAGCCCGUGGGAAACACAGAUGAGGCCCAGAAGAAGUUUGGCAACGUCAAAGCCAUUUCCUCGGAUAUGUACUUUGGAAGACAAGACCACGCUGAUAGAGAAGAGAAACAUCGAUAUGAGAGAGUGACCACCGCGCCUGCUCUGUGUGCAGGAAACUACAACCUCUCGAGCGUGCUGCCCACGGCCCCCGACAUGGCGCAGCUGAAGGAGGGCGUGCGGUCCGUCGCCGGGAAGCUGUCUGUCUUCGCUAACGGAGUCAUGACCUCCAUCCAGGACCGCUAUGGUUCCUAAUCCUGAUGUCAUGUGCUUCCUGGAGGAAUUCCUCGUUAAGGGACCGAGGCCCGCAGACUGCAGCGCAGACGGCCCGUUCUGCAGGUGGCUCUGCUGCCUGGGCCCGCGGCCUAGACAUGGCUGACGUCACCUUUCCUUUGAUGUAGAAGCCUUCUUGUCGUCUCUGUUCUGUUACUUCCUGCACAUGCCCUCUCUGCCCAUCCAUGCAUAUCCUCGCUUUACUUUCUUGGAAUCUUUAGUUCCGACAGCUGGGGGCCUGGAGACACGGCCCCUCUCACCCCGAGAACAGAGAGCCUUGUGUGGGGGUCUCAGCGUGUACGACCCAUGGGCUAGGGGCUCGAAUCCGCCGGUGCCAGCUGGGCCUGGAGAAGCGAAAUUCACAACAGACGUCUCAGUAAAAAUGGAGCAAAAAAUAAAAACAAAAGACCAAAAUGACUGGUGUCUAAUUGACAGAUUGCUUCCUUUAUAUUUGCACACAGUCAGGUGAUUUCAAAAUAAUGUUUAAAGUCACCUGUCCCCUUGUAAAUGGUUUAUUUUGUAUGAUCUAUAAAUUCAAAAAUAAUUUCAGUGAGUGCUUUUAACAAACCUAAGUUUCUGCGUUGCCAGGGAACUAAUCUCUUGACAAGGUGUGGCUGUUUGAAUCUAUUCGAAAUAUAAGAUGAGAACUCCCUAAGUGCAUUUAUAAAUCGAUAGAGUGUUCAGAAUUAAAAAUGAAUAAGGUAAGAAGAUACACUCACGGGAAACAUUUCAGUAAGUGGGAAAAUAGUAGUUGUAAUUGGGUAGUUUUGUUAAUAUUUUCUAUCUUAAUAUUUGUUUUUUAAAAAUUACAGAAUGUGUAUAAAUAAAGAAAAAUAGCUUGGCUGUGUUUUAGACAGCAUUGAACAUAUUGCUCAGAACAGUAAAAUGUAUUUGGAAUGUGAUGAACCAGAAAUACAGCUUCAGCUGAAUAUUUUGUGAAUCUUUCUUAAAGCUCCAAUGAUCAGACUCUGAAUAAACAGUUGCAGCAGGUGCGUUGCCGACUUUUUUUUA